GCACCCGGGAACGCAAAUGCGAAUCCCCGGAGCGGCUCGGCUGGGACGAGCGGGGGGCCCUGGAUUCUGCAGCCUGGCGGCCGGCCCCUCCGGCUCCCGGUUCUGCAGCCCGCGGGCCGGGGCGUGAGCGCGUCCUGCGGCAGCUGCAGGGCCCCGUCCGGGCCAGCUGUCCCCGCGCCUCCAGACUGCUGUCCCGGGCGGAGUGGACUCGGGGAGGGCCCAGCCGGCGCGCUCCUCCCCCGGCCCGGCGGGACUGGGCUGGGCGCGCUCUUUGCAUAGAGCCCUCCUUCCCUGCCAAGGUAGAGGAAGUUGGGCUCCCGCCUGCACGAGAGGCGGGAGGGGGCCCGCUCCUGUUGUUUUCCGCCGGCGGGAGUGGCAGGCGGGCGCAGGGGGCGGGGUGCGCCCUCCCACCCGGCCCGGGCGCUCCGGAGAGGGGGAUCCGCACCGGCAGCCGAGCGCAGCUCCCAGCCUCGGACAUCGGCCUCACCCCCAAGCAUCCUUCCUGGGGCCGCGGAAAGUGGGGCCACCCUGCCGUUCCGAAGACCUGGGAGAGCACUUGGUACCCCCAGGGGCCGGGGCACCGGGGCGCACACCCAGCCGUGCCGGAGCCUGCGUUUCCUGAGCCGGGAUCUGGGGCGAGAUGGCCGCGGGCGGCCGGGCGCCAGAGCCCCGCGUCCUCGUCUGCCUCGGGGCGCUCCUGGCCCGCUGGGUCGCCGCAGGACUGGAGGCUGUCAUCGGAGAAGUUCACGGGAACGUUUCUCUGCACUGUGGCAACAUCUCGGGACCAAGGGGCCUGGUGACCUGGUACCGGAAUGACUCGGAGCCUGUCUUCCUCCUCUCCUCCAAUUCCAGCCUUCUGCCAGCUGAGCCUCGCUUCUCUCUAGUGAACACCAGCUCUCUGCACAUUGAGGCGCUGAGCCUGCAGGAUGAGGGGAACUAUACCUGCCAGGAGAUCCUGAACGUGACUCAGUGGUUCCAAGUGUGGCUACAAGUGGCCAGUGGCCCCUAUCAGAUUGAGGUCAACAUCUCUGCCACUGGCACGCUCCCCAAUGGUACCCUGUACACAGCCAAGGGCUCCCAGGUGGACUUUAGAUGUAGCAGCAGCUCCUGGCCCCCACCCAUGGUUGAGUGGUGGUUCCGGGCCUCAGAUUCCAGCCCCGAGCCCUUUGGAAACAACCUGACGGUCAGCUGCUUCACGCUGUUACUGAUGUCGCAGAACCUCCAAGGGAACUACACCUGUUUGGCCAUGAACAUGCUCAGCGGGAGGCAUCGAAAGGUGACCACCGAGCUCCUGGUCUACUCCCCCCCUCCAUCAGCCCCUCAGUGCUGGGCUGAGAUGUCAUCAGGAUUGUUGAUGUUGCAGCUCACCUGUCGCUGGGAUGGGGGAUACCCUGACCCUAAUUUCCUGUGGACAGAAGAGCCAGGAGGUGUGAUCGUGGGAAAGUCAAAGCUGGGCGUGGAAAUUCUGAACCAGUCCCAGCUGUCGGAUGGCAAGAAGUUCAAGUGUGUUGGGAACCACAUCGUGGGGCCAGUGUCGGGAGCUAGCUGCGUGGUACAGAUUAGGAGCCCCUUCCUUAUCUCUGAGCCCAUGAAAACUUGCUUCGUGGGGGGCAAUGUGACAUUCAGCUGCCAAGUGUCUGGAGCCUACCCUCCUGCCAAGAUCCUGUGGCUGAGGAACCUCACCCAGCCCGAGGUGGUCAUCCAACCCAACAGCCACUAUGUCAUUACCCAGAAUGGACAGAGCUCCACCCUCACCAUCCGCAACUGCUCCCAGGACCUGGAUGAGGGCUACUAUGUCUGCCGGGCUGAGAACCCUGUAGGGGUGAGAGAGGUGGACAUCUGGCUCAGUGUGAAAGAACCUUUAAACAUCGGGGGAAUUGUGGGAACCCUUGUGAGCCUCCUUCUGCUGGGAUUGGCCAUUAUCUCUGGACUUAUAUUAUAUUACAGCCCUGUGUUCUGCUGGAAAGUAGGAAACACUUUCAGGAGACGAGACAUGGAUGAUAUCAUGGUUUUGGUGGAUUCAGAAGAAGAGGAGGAGGAGGAAGAUGCUGCAGAGGAGGAGGAGGAAGAAGGAGAAAAUGAGAGAGAGGAGUUGCCAAAAGAAAUACACAAGCAUGGCCACAUUCACAAAGUGACCGCACUGGUAAAUGGGAACUUGGAACAGAUGAGAAAUGGACUCCAGGAUCUACAAGAUGACAGCAGUGAGCAGCAAAGUGACAUCAUUCAAGAAGAAGACAGGCCGGUUUGAAGAGGAGGAUCGUCUGUCGUCUCGCCUCAUCCUGAGAGCUGUGUUGAAGAUGAGCUCUUCAUUCAGCUUUGGCUUGACUUGUGCCCCUGCCCAGGGCUUGCCUUAGCAACAUUUGGUCUCUUAGCAAACAAGAAAAAUAGACCUACACAUCUUUCCUUCCAUUUUGUCUAAAAAAGAAGGGGAGGGGGGUUGAAGUAAGUUUUCUCAACAAUGUUAAAAAGCUUUGGGAAGGAACGGUGUGUGGAAAAGCGGCAUUUGGCAUCCGAGGUGCCACUUUUGCUGUGACUCCUGGCUUUAUCCAGGUUGAGUUACUGUGACAAGACACUGACUUGGAGGGAACAGAGGUGGGGGGCGCACUUGGUCUCCGUGCCCUUUGCCCCUAUUAAAGGUUUAUAACCAGCUUGCCCCAGCACAAAAGGGAAUACUGUGGGGUGAUAGGGAAAUUUCCUUUAUCACUGCCCAUGUGAGCUGGUGACUGAGGAACUAGGAAAUUGUCAGGUCCCUGGAAAAGGUGAGGUUUUAGCUGCCAGUGCAAGACAGGGGAAGGCAGUUUCUUCCAGGCUUUGGAGUCAGAAACACUGGGGCUUGGGAGUCAGAAACACUUCCUUGUUUCAUGGGCUUGGGCAUGUUGCUUUACCUCUCCCUGGGCCUCAAUUUUCUCAUCUGUAAAAUAGGUGAAAUCACACCUACUUUCUGGGCUUGGGGUGAGGAUUAAACGAGGUAAUUUGGGACAUAAAAGUGCCUAAGAGGUGCUCAAUGGAUGUUAGUUAUCUUCUUUGGCUUCCCUACCGGAAGAAAAAAUGUUAACUGUAAGUUAGGAGCUGCUGCCUAUCUCUUUCAUUCUUCUUUAUAAAACGGUUUCAGACGAGGAUAUUAUCAGGGAACUUCUGAUGAUUUUUGUUUCCCUGGAGAUAAUAAUGCUUUUCAAAAGAGGUAGGGGUCAAUAAGAGAAAGUGCCUUUCAUUAUAACCUCACAUUUUACAGAACGUCGUAUUUAUAUAAAAGCCUUCCAGGUGACACACUAUUAGCUUUCAGACUACCCCAUCCUUCAUUUCUCCUGUUGCUUUGAAGGAGGGCAGGAGAAACAUUUCAUAAUGGAGUAUCAGGUGAUAAGAACUCCUCGGGCAAACCAGUUCAUCAGGCCUCAGUUUUUCUAUCUCAGAAAUGGGAAAACUUGUUUUCUUCCUACUUUUUUUUGGCAGCUGGCCAGCCAGGAUGGCAAUUGAACCCUGGAUCUUGGAGUUGUCAGCACCACUCUCUAACCCACUGAACUAUUCAGCCAGCCCUCUUAUCUACUUCUUAAGGAUAUUGAGGAUACACUAAUAAAUAACACUAAGUGUCAAAUGAAAAUAACAUGACGAGUUUAGGCUGCUGAUGCUUCCGGUAGGUCCUUGUACAGUUUUGAAAUUUUUUCUGAUUUCAUCCAAUGUCUUAAAUGUCAGGGGCCUUAUAAGGGUGCAGUGGAUGCAUGCUAAACAUGAAAAUCUGACCUGAAUUUGCACUCUUUAAUGUUGCAUAUCUUGCUGUAAUGGGCAAGAUGUAGGGGGGAAAGGAGACUUUUCCCUUCUCCAAUACUAGGGCUUGGGAUCCUCAGAUGAGAAGCUGGUUAUCUGAAAUAAUCCUGCAGGUAUGGUUGGGGAAGGUCUUUUUUCUUGGAUGAAGGGACUAAUGUGAGCAAAUCACUAGAAGGGUGUCCCUUCUUCAGCUCAGGACACCGGGGGGCUCAGGAGCUGGCUGUAGUUUCCUCCCCUCGCUGUGAAUUGCAGUUCUGCUUGGCUAGCUCUUUUGCUGCAUGGCACCUCAUGUACUUAACCACUCUCAACAGUGUAAAUUAAGUUAGUGUCUUUUCAGAAUGGGAUACUCAGAUUGCUUCUAAAGUCACUGAAAGCUAAGCUAGUCUCUCCUUUAGAGUCUUCGUGAUGACUAAAUUCCAGAAUUUAAGAACUCAGAGGCAACCAGAUUAAAAAAAAAAAAAAAAAAAAAACUGGGGAAAAAAUAAAUCUCUACCUGGGAACAGAGAAUGUCUUGCAAGAUCACUGGGAUGUUUUCCACAACUUCCUCUUCUCUUGCACGCACACUUGAUGACAGGAAAUAUUUGGAGGGUUUUCCACUAGCAAAUGGGAGCUUCAAGCUCUUGGUGCCAAACACUAUAAACCUUUACCAGUUGAGAUGUGACUCUGUCACUCAUAUCUGAGCCCUGAGUGCACAUUAAUAUGCUGGGCCAGUUAAGAGCCCUGGUACUGGAGGCCUUCAUGUUUCAAGGAUUUUAAGGAAUUAGAGCUUCUUUUCUUUAAUAUGAUCAAUGUCCAAUUCCAUAAGCAUGUUGACAGUGUGUUACAGAUUUUGUGUGGCAAAGUAUAAGUUGUUACAUCGUGCUUAAAAAAAAAUCUUAUCUGCAUGUAUUGUUAACUCAGAAACCAUGAGAUCUACUUACCAGAACCAGGAAGAUAAUCACUUCAGAGCUAUUACAACCACUAUUUCUUUUUCACAAAACCUGGUAGACACUGGGGAGGGGGCUUUGCAAUCCUGUGGCUUUGAUCUUAGUUCCAAUUAUCACAAGCACACACAGGCCCUAUAAUUGCAGCAGGAAAAUGCACAAUGGAAAAUUUCCAUAACCCAUGGCACUGAGACUGGGAAAAAUCAUCCUUGCAGGGUAAAAUUUAUUAUGAUGCAAUGAGUGCCAACUAGUAUUUCUCACCAUGGGGCUGGCCAGGAACUGCAAAAAAAAAAGCAGAUCCUUAUGCAUUAUUUACAUUUUAAUAUUUGGUGGGGGGAGGUUGGGAGAAAUUAGUUCUGAGGUUAUAACAUGGGGUUUGUUUUUUUUUAAGAUUAUGGAAUAAAGUUAUUUUUCAAUAAA